ACAGCAAACUUAACAAAUUCAAUUGCUUUCUUUGGUGCAAAUUGCUAUGGCCGGACAGGAGCAUGUUGUUUCCAUGGAGGCACUUUUCAGUAGAGAAGCCGGUGAAACAAGCAGCAGCGUCACCGAGGACACUGAGUCAAACAGCAUUUCAAGCGAAACCACUACCCUGGAGGCAAAGAUUAAAACAGUAAUGGAGGCAAGAAAAAAUGUGACACUAUCCCCUGCACCAAAGAUACAAAAGGUUAUAUUCUUGCUGCGAGAUAACAAGGAUUUCAAUAUUCACUAUGAGCCAAGAGCAGUAUCACUUGGUCCUAUCCAUCAUGGUAAUGAGAAGUACAAGCUAGGAGAGAAGUACAAGCUUGUGUUGACAUAUGAAUUCGUCGAAGGUAGCGAAAAGAAGAUAAACGAUUUGUUCAAGAAGAUUGAAGAGAAGAUCAAGGAGCUGAAGGAGUGCUUCGAGGAGGAAGUGAUCAAAAGCUAUGAUGAUGAGGACCUCAUUUGGUUGUUGUUGGUGGACGGCUGUGCAACACUACAAUACAUAUACUGCGCAGCUAACGACAGAUUCGAGGAUUUGAAUAUAAAAACCGACAGCGUAGCCUUUACACAACAAGAUUUGUUUUUGCUUGAGAAUCAGCUUCCUUAUCGUCUGCUCAAAUGGUUGAUGAGCUGGAGUCAGAAAGAAGCUGCGUUGCAGAAAUCGAUUCACACUUACAUCAGUUGGCAUGCUACAGUAUCACUACCAAUGGAUCAUUCAUCAGUUGUCCGAUGUGCGUGGCUAAGUUCGUUAUCAUGGUGUCUCUCGCAAAAACCAAAGCCGCAACAAGCAAAAAACAAGAAAGAACAAAGUCUUGACUCGGAGGAAAAGGGACAGGUGAAUCAGAAUCACUCAUCAAUUUUCUGCAGCCCACUCCUAAGUUUGUUAUCAUGGUGUCACUCGCAAAGACCAAAGCCGCAACAAGUAGGAAGUGAGAAAGAUCAGGAAAGCCGUCCCUCAAAGGAGAAGCAUGGAGAUGUAGAUGCCAUCCAUCUUCUCGAUCUUCUGAGGACACGUCUCUUGGAUAAGAAUCAACAAGUCAAGCAUAAGAAACGAAAUGGGAAUGGCCAAAUAACUUGGCCAUCCUAUCGCAAUGUUCAGGAGCUCCGAGCAGCAGGUAUUCAUGUGGAACGUAGUAAAAAGGAAAAUAGUUGCUUGAGAGACAUAUCUUUUACUACACUCGGUUGUUUGGGAUUCCUUUGGCUUCCUCCAAUAACUGUGGAUGACUCAACAAGGCCAAAGUUCUUGAACUUGAUAGCCUACGAGAUGUGUCUAGAUUUCCAAAAUGACUUUGCGAUCACCUCUUACAUAUCCUUCCUCGAUUCACUAAUCGAUGAGCCCAACGAUGUAAAGAUGCUAAGGAAAGCAGGAAUACUCUAUAAUUGUCUUGGCAGUGAUGAAGAAGUGGCUAGAGUCUUCAAUGAGAUAGGUACCGAUUUGGUGCCUAACAGCGAAAUAUAUAGGGAUGUCAGAGUUCAAAUUCAGAAGCACUACAAGAGCCAAUUGAUGACCUGGUUUGCUCAAGUCUAUCACGACUAUUUCAGCAGCCCCUGGACGUUCAUGGCUUUCUUUGGCGCAUUAUUGGCACUUGCUCUAACUGUCAUUCAGACUUGGUAUGCUGUCGACUCUCCUCCAGGACCCUGUGAUAACUUCUGCAAGAAUUUAACUCGAAACUAAAUUUUUAUGGUUCUUAUUUGCAAAAGGUAAAAUUUUAUUUGCUGUUCUCUUUCCAAGUGUGUCUAGCUAGCUGAGAAUUACAUGGUUUUUAUGCCCUUUCAGACUGUUGUUUCCAAAUAAAAAGGCCUUAGGAAUUCUACUAUUCAUGAUUUCGCAUGGGUCAUCCCAAGGCCUCAUCAUCUUAUUAAUUUGUUUACCUUCGUGUUGAAGAUUUCUUGGAAGUCCAAAAUAAGUCGGAGUAAUUGUACGAUCUAAGUUGAUGAAAUGUGUGAGGAAUCAGAGUUUGUGCGUGAUUUGUGUUUGUUUGGUUUUCUAUUUUCUUUUCUUUUGUUUAUGUAAUCAAAUUUAAAGAUGAA